AUGACUAAAGAGCAGACUGCCGAGGUGGAGGAGGAGGCCCAGCCUGCCUCUGAGUACCAGAGCCCAGUUCACGAGCCCCGGAAGAGGCCCAUGGUCCACCCAUCUGCCCAGGCCCCCCUCCCCAAAGACUAUGUCUUCACAUUCUUUGACCCAAAUGAUCCUGAGUGUCUGGAGAUCCUGCUGGACCCACGCACCACCAUCCCAGAGCUGUUUGCCAUCAUCCGUCAGUGGGUCCCACAGGUCCAGCACAAAAUCGACCUCAUCGGAAACGAGAUCUUGAAGCGUGGUUGCCAUGUCAACGACCGUGACGGGCUGACAGACAUGACCUUGCUCCACUACAGUUGCAAAGCCGGGGCCCAUGGAGUCGGUGACCCUGCCGCUGCCCUCAGGCUGUCCAAUCAGCUAAUUUCCCUGGGGGCAGACGUGAGUCUCCGCAGCCGCUGGACCAACAUGAACGCCCUGCACUACGCAGCCUACUUCGACGUGCCAGAGCUGAUUCGCAUUCUCCUCAAGGCCUCCAAACCCAGAGUGCUGAAUUCCACCUGCAGUGACUUCCACCAUGGCACAGCCCUGCACAUCGCUGCCUCCAACCUGUGUCUGGGAUCAGUCCAGUGUCUGCUAGAGCAUGGAGCCAACCCCUCUGUCAGGAAUGAUAAGGGCCAGGGGCCGGCCGAGGUGGUCCCUGACCCAAUGGACAUGACUCUGGACAAAGCUGAGGCGGCCAUGGUGGCCAAGGAGCUGAAGCAGCUGCUGCUGGACUCUGUGCCCCUCAGCUGCAACCUGCCCCGCGCCACCCUGCUCAACUACGACAACAUCCCUGGCAACCUCAUGCUUACCUCCAUCGGCCUGAAACUGGGCGACCGUGUGGUGCUGGACGACAUGAAGACGGGCACGCUGCGCUUCUGUGGGACCACGGAGUUCGCCAGUGGCCAAUGGGUAGGGGUGGAGCUGGACGAGCCAGAGGGCAAGAACGACGGAAGUGUGGGGGGGGUGCGUUACUUCAUCUGCCCCCCCAAAUUGGGUAUCUUUGCUCCAGUGUCGAAAAUCGCCAAAGCUGUUGAGCUGGCCCCCUCCUCUGUCACCUCCACACCCAAGACGCCCCGCAUGGACUUCUCCCGCGUCACAGGAAAGAACAAGAAAGAAAAGAAGGAAAUAAUGGAGAGAGAGAAAGGUACAAGAAAGGGAAAGGGGAUACCUAGUCAUCUGGACCCAGAUGGGGUGAAGGUGGAACUUGGAGACCAGGUGCUGGUUGCUGGUGUGAAGCAGGGAAUCAUACGCUAUUACGGAAAGACAGACUUUGCCCCAGGUUACUGGUUUGGUGUGGAGCUGGAGCAGCCCACAGGAAAGCAUGACGGGUCUGUUUUUGGUGUCCGCUACUUCACCUGCCUGCCCAAGUACGGCGUCUUUGCACCCCCAUCUCGGGUACAGAGAAUCUGCGGAUCAAAGGACGGUCAGAGCGGCGAAGGCACGAUGGUGAAAAAAGUCCACCAGGUGUCUAUGAACCAGCCAAAGCGUAAAUUCAACGCGGUGAGGUCACCUAAGGACAUCACGUCUGAGAGUUCAAUAUCCAGGUUGCUGUUCUGCUGCUGGUUCCCCUGGAUGCUGCGAGCUGAGAUGCAGUCCUAA